AUGGCAACCACCAACUCGAUUACUAACACCGCCUCACGUCCGUGCGUCUUCAUAAAUCUCGGCGAAACGUCCUCGAAUAAUGUAUCCCCCAACAGCGAACUACCCCUUAUCACUCCGCCUUUCCCACCAACCAUCGACCCACGCGAUCUGAUCACGUUACUUCCCGAUGGUCGCGUACCAGCCAGAGCGCCCAACGCAUUCCUUAUAUAUCGCAAAGCGUUCAUCGACGCUGUCAGAGAUAGUGGAAAUUACCUCCCAAUGACCGUGGUAUCCCCGAUGGCAUCAAGAUCUUGGGAGCAGGCUUCCGACGUUGUAAAAGAAGAAUAUAAAAGGCUUGCGAGGAAAGCAUUUGAUUAUAGAAAUGAGAUUUGCCCCAAGUCCCAGAGGCGCAAAAAAAGGGAAAAAUGGAAUGUCGUCUCCUUUAAUCAAUUUUCAACUCCCUCCUCCUCCAGUCUUGGCAGACACACAAGGAAAUCUCCCAACAACAAAUCGGCCGAAGUUCAACGAUCCACUGCCUCCACCGAACUUCCGCCAUCCUCAACUCCGGAAAUCCCUAAUGUCACGAGCCCGCAACAAACCGACUUUCAAGUGUCGCCAAAAACUCAUAACUUCGCCGUUGGUAAUACAGGAAAUUCGCAUGGCCUUCCAAUCCCGGACCUGUCACUGACCUCUAGUGAUCCGAAUUCAGUUGUUAGUUCACCCGACUUAAACGAAAAAGAUAAAAGUGACGAAACCGAUAUGACUAUUUUCUCGCAGAUUGCUCCUCAGAUUACGUUUGAUGAGCAACAAUCCGAAGUUUGGUUCGAACCUAAAUACUCAUCGAUAAUAAAUAACGACGUUUACAAUUUUCACCAGUCGUAUUAUGAGAGCCUUUGUUACAAAACUCGUAACCUCAACAUAUGUAACAGCUUGUUUUAUUCGAUCCCCUCGUACGAGUCACGUACCGAAAGCCCUUCAUCAACCUUUUCGUUUCCCUUCGAUUCAUCAGAUAAUGUAGUAGUAGCGUUUCCGGAAGAUCUAAACAAUUCCGAUUCUUCCAACAUUACUAACGUUUUAAACAACAAUGUCAACAUAACACCUUUCUGUACCGGAUUUCUGUCGUCGCCAUCUUAUUAUUUCUAG